AUGAGAGGGCUGAGAAGGUGUAUAAGAAUAUCCUUUACUGUCCCACUCCAUGUGCUCACUAACAGGCCAGCAGAGACCAACUCAGAGGUAGACAAGUCGGCAUCACCCUCAGUGGCUCAGCUAGCAGGGAAAUUCAAAGAACAAGCAGCCAGUAACACUGGCAAAGAGGUACCACCACAUAAGCCAACUCGGAGGAAACCACCAUGCUCCCUUCCAUUGUAUUCCCACAAAACUGAGACAAGUGACAAUGAUGAGCAAAAGCGGUCUCCAAAUGCCUGCUCUUUUCCCAAGGUCAAGGUGAAAAGCUCCCCCAUGAUUGAAAAGCUACAGGCCAAUCUGGCUUUUGCUCCAGCUGCUCUGCUGCCAGGAGCAUCUCCUAAGAGCCCUGGUCUGAAAGCCCUGGUUUCUCCGUUCAGUACUCCUCCCUCAACGCCCAGCAGCCCAGGGAUUCAACCCCAGCCCAGUGAAGUGACUGAAACACCGGUCAGCUUUGAUCAACCCCCAGAAGGCACUCAGCUGCAAUUCUAUAACAAGGUCCGGACGCGGGGAUCAAUAAAGCGCAGGCCUCCCUCAAGGAGGUUCCGAAGAUCUCUGUCUGAGUAUGGAGAUGGGGAAAAUCUAGGAGUCAACAUUUCUCCAGAAAAUGGUGCAAAGGAAGACGGGGAUGAGCUGCUUGGGACCAAGGCCAAGAAAGAGGAGGCAGAAAUAGGGAGCAAAGCCCAAAAGAAACAGAGAGAGUCUGAUGAGAAUCCCUCAUCUAGGAGAGGAUCCAGCAGAUCAGAAGAUGAAGAAAAAGGGGAAAAACGUGCAGAUGAAAUAACUCCUUGCAAGAGCAACACAGGUGAUAUGAAAGAGGAGGAAGUGUGUUGUGGUAUUGCAGGGAAGAACAACUCUCCCCAGCCUUCCUCUGGAAACAAGGAGGAGGUGUGUGAGGGUCCCCAGGGAGAAGAGCUGCAAGGCAGCGCCUGUGAACAGGACAAGGGGGACAUGGAGAAGGAAGAAGCUGAAGCAAAGGAGACCAGUGAAAGCACAGACACUCAGAGAAUGCCAAGCACUGAAGAAACACUGCUGGCACCUGAACCACUGCAGGAUACAGUGGGCUUAGAGACUGCCAGUGAGCCUUCAACAUCAGCCAUGCAGGAACAGGGCACAGCAUAAGCAUGACACACAGGACAUACCCAAUCAGGACACAGGAGAAUAAACAAGUGAAUAGGAGCCAUCUAACCCAAUCAAGG